CCGGCGUUGCACCGGAAGCGGCGAAUGCGCUUGGUCACGGAGUUUGGAAGCGGCGCUGUUUGAGGGAAGCUCCGUCCUCGUUUCGCUCUUUCUCCGCUCCGGGAGCGCUGAACCGGCCCGGGAUCGCCACGCCGCGGCGCCAUGAUCACCUCAGCCGCUGGAAUAAUUUCCCUUCUGGAUGAGGAAGAGCCAGAACUUAAGGAAUUUGCUCUCCACAAACUGAACGCGGUUGUCAACGAUUUCUGGGCCGAGAUCUCUGAAUCGGUGGAUAAAAUUGAAAUUCUAUAUGAAGAUGUUGGGUUUCGUAGUCGAGAAUUUGCCGCCUUGGUGGCUUCCAAAGUGUUCUAUCACUUAGGGGCUUUUGAAGAAUCCCUGAAUUAUGCCCUGGGAGCUGGCAAUCUUUUCAACGUCAAUGACAAUUCCGAAUACGUAGAAACCAUUAUCGCAAAAUGCAUCGACCACUACACCAAACAGUGUGUGGAAAAUGCGGACUUGGCGGAAGGGGCCCAGAAAGCCGUGGACCCCCGCUUGGAAGGGAUUGUGAACAAGAUGUUUCAGCGCUGCUUAGACGAUCACAAGUACAAGCAGGCCAUCGGCAUUGCCCUGGAGACCCGCAGGCUGGACAUCUUUGAGAAAACCAUUUUGGAAUCGAACGAUGUUCCAGGAAUGCUGGCCUACAGUUUAAAGCUUUGCAUGUCUUUGAUGCAAAAUAAACAGUUCCGCAAUCAAGUGUUGAGAGUUUUGGUGAAAAUUUACAUGAAUCUGGAGAAGCCCGAUUUCAUCAACGUGUGCCAGUGUCUCAUUUUCUUGGAUGACCCACAAGCCGUGAGCGACAUCCUGGAGAAGUUAGUGAAGGAGGACAACCUCCUCAUGGCUUACCAGAUCUGUUUCGACUUGUACGAGAGCGCCAGCCAGCAGUUCCUCUCCUCGGUGAUCCAGAACCUCCGCAGCGUUGGUACCCCCAUCGCUUCCGUGCCCGGAUCUACCAACACGGGGACGGUGCCCGUGCCCGAAAAAGAAGGAGAGUUGAUGGAGACGGAAGAGAAGAAAGGCAGCCCCGUUGCUUCCGUGAAGUCAGCUCAGGCGAGUCCCGGAACGAAAGACCAGAUUCCAAAAAUGAUAAAGAUUUUAAGUGGGGAAAUGGCCAUUGAAUUGCACCUCCAGUUUUUAAUACGAAACAACAACACGGACCUCAUGAUUCUUAAAAACACAAAGGAUGCGGUGCGGAAUUCUGUGUGUCACACCGCCACAGUUAUCGCCAAUUCCUUCAUGCAUUGUGGAACAACUAGCGACCAGUUCCUUAGAGAUAAUUUGGAGUGGCUUGCGAGGGCUACUAACUGGGCCAAGUUUACUGCUACAGCCAGCCUUGGGGUCAUUCAUAAGGGUCACGAGAAGGAAGCUCUUCAGCUGAUGGCAACGUACCUGCCCAAAGACACGUCGCCAGGGUCUGCCUAUCAGGAAGGGGGCGGCCUCUACGCCUUGGGGCUCAUCCACGCCAACCAUGGAGGCGACAUCAUCGACUACCUGCUGAACCAGCUGAAGAAUGCCAGCAAUGACGUACGUGCCACCAUACCUAAUGCAGGUCAAGGAGGCCCUUAG